UUUCGUUUUCGCUGCAAAUUGUAAUUAAACUUCCGUCUGCGUGUGUUUUGUCGGUCCUGGCAGUUUUUAUUACAAAUUAAACUUACAAUUAACAACAGUUACGUUACAUUUGAAUGCAACUGUCUUUGGUAAAGAGAUGAGCAGAUCGAAUAAUCGCAACGAUAGCUCCCAGAUGAAAAGCAUCAUCCAGCAGGAUGACCAGCCAGUGAAUCAAAAUGAAAAACCCAAGUGUGGAAAAGAGCAGAGCAACAAAAACAGCUCAGGCCAAGCAGACAACGCCGCCUCCCCCUCCUCUUCUGCUGGACCCUCCUCUCAGGAUGAAAGCAGGUCAGAUGACAACCAGCCUGUAUCAUCACAGAGGGAGGAGGCCACCUCAUCAUGCUGCCAGCUGGAAGAUUUGAGAAGACUUUCACAAUGUGAGACUAAGCUGAAACCUCUGAGCUUCAGCAGGUCCCACACCGUCCUCAUAAAUGUGGAUGCUUUCAACUACGGUGCAGAACUUAUUUCUCAGGAAGGGACAGACCUGUGGCUCAGUAACCAUGUAAAGAUGCCGUAUUCACCAGCAAGCUUCACUUUCCAAAUGGGUCUUUUGAAAAAUAAGGUGUUGAGGUGGAAACUGAUCUCCAAGAAGCUUGAAGCUUUGACCAAAAGGACAACAGUGAGCGCUGAUGACGUGAAAGAAGCCAUCCUCAAAUAUAACCCGAAGUAUAAAGACCAGUGGUCGUUUGAUGCCCUCUCCACAUUUGUUAAGUGCAUCCCAGUAUCAGAGAACUACUUUGAGGCACUGUUUCCAAAGAUCGCCUCCUUGGCAUUAAAGCUGCCCAUGGAAGUGAAGAAGGCCAUCCCGCUGCUUCAGAGAGGACACUCUGCAUCCAUCACUCUGUCACAGGUUCAGAUUUCCUGCCUGCUGGCUAACGCAUUUUUCUGCACCUUCCCUCAUCGCAACACCACCAGUCCCAAAGCAGAGUACCACAACUACCCCUCCAUUAACUUUGCCAGCUUGUUUGGAAACUGGUCAGAGAGGAAGAAAGAGAAGCUGCGGGCCAUCAUGUAUUACUUCAAGGUGGUGACAGACACUAAACUGGAAGGACUGGUGACAUUUGAGAGGCAUUGCCUCAAAGACACAGGCGAACCCAACUGGAGAGACUGUAAGGAGAAGCUGCAGAAACUGCACGUCACAUCAGAAGGCUGCAUCGAGACUGAAGGUACUGGUAUGCUUCAGGUGGACUUUGCCUCCAGCUGGAUAGGCGGAGGUGUUCUGAGCUCUGGUCUGGUUCAGGAAGAGAUCCUGUUCCUCAUGAAUCCGGAGCUGAUCGUUUCUCGUCUCUUCACAGAGAGACUCGCAGACGACGAGUGUCUGAUCAUCACAGGCUCACAGCAGUUCAGUACUUACCAUGGUUUUAGCGACAGCUUCGAGUGGACGGGUCCUUAUACAGAGCAACUUAAAAGAGAUGCGUGGGCUCGGCUGGAGAGGCAGAUCCUGGUCAUCGACGCGAUGCAGUUCAGACAUCGUUGGGAGCAAUACAACAUGAGGAACAUCACUCGGGAACUGAACAAGGCAUACUGUGGGUUUAAAAAGUACCAAGGGCAUAAAAACCCCGACAUCGCCACAGGAAAAUGGGGCUGUGGAGCCUUUAACGGAGACCCACAACUCAAAGCGGUUAUUCAGCUGAUGGCAGCAGCCAAGGCCAGCCGGGGUUUGGCCUUCUUCACCUUUAGAGAUGAAGAACUGAAGAAAGGUCUGCAGCAGAUCUACCACCUGCUGGUCAAAGAGGGGACAACAGUUGACAAACUGUACAACCUUCUGGAGGACUACUGUGCUCAUCAGCACAAACACAUUGAUCUGUUCAGUUUCAUCAGAAAACGCAUCAAACCUUCCAAAAGUCGUAUGUGAGGACAUCUGCACUUCGUUUGCACUCAAAUCUGAAGGAAUUAUUUAAUGCAGAAAAGAGGAGAAAACUGCAUAAUACAUGUUCUUUACUUUGUUUUUAGCCUACAGGUAGCAACUCUAAGGAAAUCAAGGAUUCUUAGGAUUCUUUUAUUUUGGUUUGUGUUUUGUGAUUUAGCAAACUAAACUGGUGUAUCAAUGAUGUACUAAACCUACUUUUAAAUUAUUUUCAGGUUGACAAGCAGAAAGCAGAGGCUGCAUUCACAAAAUCCUCCUAAGGCUAAAAGCAGAUGCUACUGAUAAGUAAAGCCUCAGAGCUAUAUUUAACUGUAAACUCUCUGAGGUCCAGUUUAUGCACCUUGAAUGCAGGCAAAGGGUAAAAAAAGAGAAAAAGCAGGGCAUAUGCAGGGAAGGGAUUACUGUUUUAUCACAAGUUGAUAUUUAACACACCCACCAUUACCUAUUACCUCACUGACAUGCCCAGGAAGUUAUAUUACCCAACCCUUCAGGCCAGUACAGCCCUUUUCCCGCCAAAACCACAUGAGCAAAUUUAAUUUGAUCUGUUGUGUUGUUUGUGUGCAUCCUGUUAUUUUAGACAAAAUCAGUUCAGUGAACCAGCCCUCUUCACAUAAGAGUAGUAUUCCAGUUACUGCAGGAGACUACUUUGGAGAUAAAAUUGCAACCAAAAGCAUAUUUUCAGAAACAGGUAUCUAGCUACACAUAAGAUAAUUUGUUCCGAUCAUGUGCAGUCAAUAAAGAUGCACUCCUCAGCCUUGGCAUCUAUUUGCCUUUAUUACCAUCUGCAGAAUAAAAAUAUUCUUCCUUUUACAUAAUCAGUGGAAAGUUUGGACACUCUUUUCCACUGGAUUUAAUGGGAAAGAGCAUCCAAACUUUGACUAGUGGUGUAUUUCUACAUUUAGUGCAGCUCUCUUAUAAAACGUCAUCUUUCUGCAUACAUUUGUUGCAGUUGUCCAUUAUUUGUCAACCUGUAAUCCAGCUGUGUUCUUGUUGUUUAAAUUUGUUUUUUAAACAGAUUAAACUGCAAUUUUCCCUUCAUCAAAAUUUGUUCAUAAAAUUUUAUGGUUUUAUUUAAGAACCUUGACAUGAUUGAUAUUGCCUGAAAAGACCAAGACCUAACAGACAAAUCACCUCACGAAUCAUUCCUUACACUUUAAAGCCCGACCCAAGAAAAAAUGGGGAAAAAUAUUUUUUAUCCGAAGUCUUUCUUUGGCCCUUUAACAAAUUGGAAAAAAUAUAUAUAAAAAUUAUUUUUGUAUAUUCACUGUUUAUUACAGUGUGAUGUCAAACAUAUUGUAGUGCAAAAGGCCUCCACAAGGGGGCAGAAGACAAGCACCAUAUUGUGUUCAACAGGGUUUUGAGCAAAGUUUUUACCAUAAAGUGAUGCAAAAGGUCUCAGAAGCUGUAUGUCACUUCUUAAUAGGAGCUUCUGAAAAUGCAACCAGUUGGGGACCACUUUCAGCCUGAGGGUGAAAUUUGAGAAAAAUUUUAUGGAUUUUUUUUCUGAAACUGUGAUUUUGUUUAGUUGUAACUGUAUCUAAUCUGAUUGUGGAGCUUUACCUUUAAGAAAGUGGCACUGGUUUACAUGUACCUGUAGCUGGAGAGUUAGAUGAGAUUUAACCGUAAACCAACGUUGAGCAACUUUCUGUAUUUUUAAUGAAACGUCUUGGUUUCCAUAUUUGAAUUUGCACUACAGUGUUGAUUUACUAUUUUCCUGCUGCUUAAAUUUCAGACAUGCUAUUGAUGAAAGAAAACAAAAAGGUUUCGUCAAUAGCUGUGUUCAGCAACCUUUAUUUGUUUAAAACAAUAAAACAUGCUUUACCAUAUGAAAAUAAAUACAUUAUUCAGCUCCA